CUGUUUUACGCCGGGAACGACAACGUUUCAAUCCACACAAUGAUUACCACUAAUUUUAACAAGACAUGCCGAAUCAUUCCGAAAUCAACCAACAUAGGAUCACGGCCAGGCACGACCAAUGAUGGUGUUAUGUAACAGUAUGCAACUCGUUCGGGCUGCCGCCCGGGUCUGCCAGUAUCCUCCCGCUAAGUCGGUCUGUCAACGGGAGACUAGCAUCUACAUCGAUCCAAAAGUUGGGACGGGCGCUGACCAUCUUCCUGUACAUGGUGUGAGUUGCCUGGAAAUGAUGCAGCGCUCCGAUUGAGGCUGACAAACACUAGGCUAUGGGACUUCGCGAUCUCGAAGACGCCUUCAACCGUUAUGUUUUCGAUGAAGUGCCCGUACGCAUGAUAUACUUGCCACAGAUGAAGCUGCUCGAGCGAGACGCGUUGAAGCGUCUUUAUCAACCGCAUAUCGACCAAAUUACAGAAAAAGACCUGCAGGAUAACCCUCUCGGGAGAAGUGCAGCGAUCGAAGAGAGGGUCAGAAGACAAUUGAAAUAUGGAAUCCUUUCGCACCGCUGGCUUUCACUAGAACCAAGCCUUCAAGACAUGAUGAGCGGCAAAACACUGGAAGGGCCAGGCUGGGAAAAGUUGAGAAAGUUCUGUGAGGUCGCCAACAAAGUUUAUGGAGUGGAGCUCGUCUGGUCAGACACGUGCUGCAUCGACAAGACCAGCAGCUCGGAGCUAGACGAGUCUCUCCGAUGUAUGUUUAGGUGGUAUCGCAAUGCAGACAUCUGCAUCGCCUACCUUGCCGAAACGACCUCCAUAGAUGGAUUUCAUAACGACGAGUGGUUCACUCGAGGAUGGACCUUACAAGAACUACUCGCUCCCAGGAUAAUAAGAUUCUUCCGCAGUGAUUGGGUACCGCUAACAGACUGCAGAAAUGACAAAGCCGAUGGUGUUGCCAACCGGCCAAUCUUUGACGUCAUCACGGCUGUCACCGGUAUCUCAUCACAAGAUCUGCGGGCCUUCGUUCCUGGCCCUUUCCAGGUUGACACAAGAAUGAUAUGGGCAGCAGGCAGGAGAACGACUAGGAGCGAAGACGUAGCUUAUUCCCUCAUGGGGAUUUUCGAUGUCUGCAUUCCCAUCACGUACGGGGAAGGCGCCCAACGAGCAUUUUUCAGGCUUAUUGAAGCCAUCAUGCAGGUAUCCAACGAUCCAGGGGUCCUAUACUGGGCUGGAAAACCCGCCCAGAUACAUGGACUGUCCACUGCAUUUCCCUCCGCUCCAGCAUGCUAUGUUGGACGUCCAGACAACAUUAGAAGUCUCGCAGAUGAAAAACGCGAGUUCUCUUUGACAAACCGGGGUUUGCGUAUCCAACUCCUCGUCAUACCAGUCGACCUUGUCACUCCAGCAAUCCCCUCAGCGACCUCUAUCCAAAAUCGUGCAACGUUUCGUUGCAAGGCAUUAAAAGUUGAUAACUUGACAAUUGAAGGCCUUUCUUUUCCUGUCCUCGAGAGGACUGGAACAAAUCGGUAUGCCUACUCUUUGGGUGUCAUCAACUACGCGAUGAUCCAAGGAGAAAGCAAGGAUCCUAUCCUUCCAAAAUCGUGCAUUGCUUACCUGCUAACGCGAGUGGAGGGGACGCGGUCAUUUGCAAGAAUGGUACUAUCUGUUUGUCACGAUUGGGAAAAGGUUGAAACCAGGACGUUUAUUACAUUUAAUCUUCCACAAGACUAUACUGUUGGGAAACGAAAGUUGUUGACGACAGUAUGGAUAUGAUAGGCAAGAUCCACAUACCAACUUUUACAUAUUUUCAGCGACAAGGACGUACUGGAUAAUUGAAUGACUCACUGACUGGAUCUAGCAUUAUAGAUAGGCAGCGCCUUCUCAGCUGGCGGCCGAUCCGACCAUACGUCAGCAUCAACGAUAUACAAGCCCCUAAUUGAGGGAAUUGUUCCAUACACGCCCUUCUUCGAAAUGCACGCGACUAUAAUAUCUCCAGGGUCCUGACGUCCAUCAUGUCGUGCACACAAGUCACGUGUUUCACCUGCGCCAUGAUAUUGUGAUCCGACGAGAUUCUCUUGUACUCCCCACCACGCUGCUGCGCUAGCAAAAGUGCGCUAAAAGGCUGUCCAAGGCUAACAAUCAACCCUAACUCUCGUGACCGA